AUGGCGCUUCAGAAAACAGCUCACGAUGCGUGCUCUCGUAAGGUGCACUGCGUUGGGAAAAAGUACCUGGACGAUCCUUUUGUGUCCUUCUUUGCACGCGACUCCACGAUUGUGAAUAGUCCGCUCAUGAACCGCGGGACCUGGCUGCGCACCACGGCAAUUGAAAAGUCAGUGCAGUCGUUCGCAGAGUUAGCAAAGGGAGCUCCGAUCCAGAUUAUCAGCUUCGGCGCCGGCGUUGACACCCUUUACUUCCGUCUGAAGAAGGACCGUAAGGCUGAGGUUCUUUUGUCGAAAUAUGUCGAGCUGGACUUUCCCGACUUGGUGGCAGAAAAAGAGCGCGUUGUGAAGAGCAACGAUAUCUUCCAGGAAUACCUGGGAGACGAGUACGCGCUGCUCCCAUGCGACCUGCGUCAGCCAAGUGAGGUGUGCAAGCUGCUCAAGGAGCAUGUCAAGCCCGGCGUCCCCACGAUCCUUAUUGCCGAGAUGGUGUUUGUGUACAUUGAGGAAUCCAUCACGACAGACCUGCUGCGACACACACUGAGCGACGUUCUCGGCGGGCCGUCGACCAGCGUCGAGCUGAUCACCUACGACGCAAUGCAGCCUAACGAUCGCUUUGGUCAGAUGAUGCUCGAAAACCUAAGUGGCAUCGGCGUUCACCUCAAAGGCAUCCUUGACCUCCCCACCGCGGCUGAUCACGAGAAGCGCGCCCUUGACGUCGGCUUUGCGCAGGUGAAGUGCCGAUCAAUGAAGCAACUCUAUCUCACCGUCCCCCGCGAUACGAUGAUGUGGCUCAACAAGCUGGAAAUGAUUGACGACUGGGACGAGUGGAACUUGGUCCACGAGCAUUAUUGCUUCCUUGUCGCCACAACAACAAUAAAUCCUGUUCCGGUCAUUUUUGACCACUGA